UGCAGGUGUUGCAACAAAAUGGCUGAAUACUCCUGUACACCACUCCAAGAAAAACCUUCCCUCAAAUAUGCCGACAGAUUGCAUGACAUAAAACGAGCAAUUUGUACAUUAGAUGAGUCUCUUACUCCUUCUAAAAGGAUUGGGAACAAAUCAAUAGGCCUGUCCCCAAUGUUUGGUACACCAUUAAAAAACAGACAAAGUUUUGACUCCAUAGCUCUUCUUGAUCAUCAAAACGUUUUAACACCUUCACGAUCAGCUUUGGGAACUACUGGUAUGGAGCUUAGUCAGAUAUCAAUUUCGGAAUCUGUGCUCCAACAUCCAGAAGUUGCUGCUACUGUUAAUAAAAUAACCUCUGCUAAUUCAUUAAUAAAAGGAUUCUCCAAAGUAUACAAAGAAAUUUCGACAGAAGAUGUUUUGUCAGUUGUAAGCAGUUACACAGUCCAGUGCGAGGAGUUAUACCAGCACUCUAAAAACAUGUUACCCUCUGUAAAGCACUCCAAAAGAUUAUCUCAACAGCUCAAAGAUGCUUGUUCAGAGAUAGCUAACGAAAGGUAUACCUGGAAACUACUCGGAGCCAUCUACCAAAACAAACUGGACACAUCACUAGACGACACUAAUGACACGGACAGUCAUCUGAGUACAAUCAACAAACUCUACACUAGAGAUGAGGAGAUAAGACACUAUCAAGUAGUGUUGGAUUGGUUGGAGAGUAAUGCGGCUGAGCUCCUCCCUGACCUGCCAACUAAGGUUGGUUACUUUUCUGGCAAAGUGUCAUGGGAGAACACUUUCCACUCGCUCUGUAAUCAGAAGUUAAAGAAAACAGUCACCUCGAUGGAUCCAGACGCCCCCAUGAGAGAAGGUGCGCCAUUGAAUGAGAUAGAUCUAGAAGAUCAGGCCCGUCUGGUGAAACAUCUCUUCUACUUGGUACGAGCUGGUCAAUCUGACGAGGCCCAGAAACUGUGUAUAGAGUCAGGGCAGUGUUGGCGCGCAGCGGUCAUUGACGGUUGGAGACUCUACAAUGAUCCUAACUACUCUGACCUCUCUCAGCAACGGGAGUCAGUGGAGGGUAACACAAACAGAGCACUGUGGAAGAACUGUUGCUGGGAGUUCUGCAACUCUUCAGGGAUCUCCACUGAGGAGAGGGCUCUCUAUGGAGUCCUCUCUGGUAACCUUCAAGCCGUGUUACCGGAAUGCAACAGUUUCCACGAUGUCCUCUGGGCACAUUUUAAAACUCUGAUAGACCAGCAUGUUGAGAACGAGCUAUGUGACUCCAUGUUGCCCCAAACCUUUUGGAAGCAGACUCUGUCUCUUGAAACCAUCCUGGACACUAUGGGGAAGAUGAAACAGAGCAGUAACCUCUACAGCAGACUACAACUCCAGCUGAUAGCCGGAGAUCUAGCUGGAGUGCUGAAAACAGCAUCAGACCACCUGGAGAGUGCGGGUGUGAGCGAGCGCAGGUUCCUGUCUCACCUCCUCCUGGUGCUGGAAGUGCUACAUCCGGGCCAGGCGCCUGAUGUGCUGUAUGGCUCCCUCUCUAAAUACAUCCUGUCCCUGCGAGAGGAGGAGUGUCUGGAGGAGGCAGUUUAUUACGCGUCCCUUCUCCCACCUGACCUACAAGUUGCGCUGCUCAGCGAGGUCCUGUCUGACGUGGAGGAGGUGCUCCGCGCGCAAUGUGUUCAGCACGCCAUUGAAAAUAAUGUUCCGAUAGAGGAAGUAACAAUGCAGAUUUACCAGAAAAUAAUAUCCGAGAGCUCCCCCUCCAACAACGAUGUGAUCAGCGUAGCAAACAUCUCGGACACCGACGCUAAGAUUGUGUCAGCAGUCUCCUGGCUGCUGCUCACUGAAGGGCAGCGCAGUGCGGCGUUGCGCGAAGCCAACAGGCUUAUCAGGCGGUUUUUGGGUGCUAGAAAACAUGCGCCCGCUUGCGCAGUUUUUGAAAUGCUACCUCCUGAUACAAUCGAGGUUAUUCACAGAGAGUGGAGCAAGGAGUACCAGAACACUUCCCUCCCCCCUGAUGACACUAACGCAGUGCGAGAGUACUUGUGUUUACAAGCAUACCUGGAUACUCACCAGGCCUACAGUGAUUGGUGCUCCCACUCGGCUAACCGACCCUCUACUCCUCACUGUAAUCCGGACAGGACAAUAACAUUUAGUGAGCAAGUAGCGCAAGAGGAGAAGAAGAAAUCAUAUGAUAUGUCUUUACAAAGAUGGGAGCAGAACCUUACUGUGCAAACACAGUUGACGCGAGAUAAGAUGUUGAACGUGUUGCUGUUUAUAGACGGGGGCUGGUUGAUAGACGAAGUUGAAGGUACUGAUAAUACACGGAUAGAGCAGUUAGAAGCUCUCAGAGGACAGUGCAUACCCUCCACUACAUUCCUUCUCGUUAACGUGUUGCGAGAGUCAGGACAAGAUCAAGCAGUGGUGGAGCUGUGUGAAUAUAUUGCGAGUGAACAAUACCAGCUCUACAAGCUCUUCAAUCAGCAGCAACUAAAAGAUCUGCUGGACAAGGUAUACGACUCCUCUAUCAGAUGUGAAUGUGAUCCUCUCCAAUACAACGCUCCUGCCAUUGACGAGACUGCUUCUUAGAAUGAUGAGAUAAAAGUUUGGAUAAAGGCUCAUUGAUGUAUAUUGUAUGAGAACAAUGAAUUUGGGUUGUUUUCCAUGGUUUGCUAAUUUGUUCGUUAGCGAAAUAAUAAUUUCUAGGGACGUAUAAUGAAUAAUGACAUAGCCUCCUCCAUGAUUUUCAUGGCGUACGAGUGUUGACGCAUGGAGAAAAUGAUGAUUUUAAAAUGUGUCUUUAACUAGUCUUUAACUAGUAUAUAUUAUAGUGUUCACGUUUAAAGUUACCAUUAAUGAA